CAGAUAUAUCUCUCAGUCAUCCACAAAGCCAGUGCCGUCUUCUACACAUCUCGUGUAGCAACAAACCCACAUGGAAAUGGAGCAAGGAGCCCAGAGCAAGCAGAAUCUAAUCAGUGAAAAUAAGGGGGGUCUGGGCUGCUGUGGGUGGAUCCUUGUGAUUAUCUCUGCAUUUUUCUCCAUCUUGAUAUUUCCAAUCAGCAUUUUCAUAAGCAUUAAGAUUGUGAAAGAGUAUGAGCGUGCUGUCAUAUUUAGACUGGGGCGGAUAACAGCCCGAAAAGCCAAAGGACCAGGAAUCUUCUUCAUCAUCCCCUGCACGGACUCCUUUAUCAAAGUGGAUCUUCGAACCAUCUCAUUUGACAUCCCUCCCCAGGAGAUCUUGACCAAAGACUCAGUGACAAUUUCUGUGGAUGGUGUUGUGUACUUCCGUGUAAAUGACCCUGUUGCCUCAGUGGCAAACGUGACUAAUGCAGAUUACUCCACUCGCCUACUGGCCCAGACCACCUUGAGGAAUGUCCUGGGCACCAAUAACCUGUCUGAGGUCCUUUCUGACCGAGAAGGCAUCUCCCAAAGUAUGCAGAUGACUCUAGAUGAGGCCACAGAUUCAUGGGGAAUCAAGGUGGAGCGGGUGGAGAUUAAAGAUGUUAAACUGCCACAGCAACUGCAGAGAGCAAUGGCAGCCGAGGCGGAGGCGGCCCGUGAGGCCAGAGCGAAGGUCAUUGCAGCAGAGGGUGAGAUGAAUGCAUCCAGGGCUCUGAAGGAGGCGUCUCUUGUGAUCUCAGAGUCUCCAUCCGCCCUUCAGCUCAGAUACCUCCAAACCCUCAACACCAUCGCAGCUGAGAAGAACUCUACCAUCAUCUUCCCUCUGCCCAUGGAUGUCAUAAGCCACUUCAUGAAGAAAUGAUCGCUGAAUAUUCCCGAAGUUUACAGAUGCUCG